CCUUGCGCGCUUUCAACUGCAAAGGUUGCCCUAGAAUAAAGGCACCUAACCGUUUAAAUCUGGCAGAUGCCCAAAACUUCAACAUUGUCCGAAAUUCGCCGAAAGCCAUAAAAACUUAACAAAUCCCCCAGUUUAGCACAAAGGGUCGUUUAACUUUUAACGACGCGACGGGGUAAUUUUAUUGCCGGAGUCGUGGCCCGAUAACAGUGAUAACAAAGUAGCCGCGUUAACCAAAAAAGUUUCACACUUUCCGUGCUCGAAAUCAAAAGGCGUAAUCGUAAAACGCGGCCAAGUGUUGCGAUUUAUGAGUUCACAAUCGUAAUUGAAUUUUAUGCGAAAACUUUCGGCCAGCUUUCUCUGGCAUUAUUGUGGCAAUAAAACCAAAACGCAAACAAAGGUCGUGAACAUAACGAAAAUUGCCGCCAAAAAUUGAUGCCAAGCUCAUGAACGGCGUACUCAACUUGCAGCUUUAAACGUGGCCGACUGGAGGAAAGCCCAAUGAAAAGUUUGGUUGCCCCCCAACCGAUUCAUUCCGAGUGGAGCAACAGCAACGGCAAGAGCAAGUGAACCCCUGCGGCUGGCCACCCAACCAAGCAACCACCCACCCAUCCACCCAUCCACCCACUUGCCACCCACUGUAGUCAAAUUUAAUAAAAGGCCGCGCAGAGAGUCUCGUGCUGGUGGUGACUGGAACUCGCUGCCAAUGUCCUGAAUUGUCCUCGCAGGCUCACGCAGUGCGACAAAAGCCGCCCGCAGCGCUUUUUAUAUGCGCACAUAAUUCAGAGCGUCGGCCAGUAACACCCGCUGCCAAAAGUUAAUGCCCAAAAGCGCGACCGCCACAAUGAUAACCAACAAUAAUUUGGAUUAUGACCAGGCCAGCGCCAGCAGCACAAUAAUAACAGGAGCUACAACGACCACCGCAGGCACAGUCGCCACAUCAUCGGUGGCCAUGAGCAACUGCGUCGGCAACAGCAACAGCAAUGGCAGCACCAGCAGCAGCAGCAACUCCUCGCCCACGGCGGACAACUCCAAUUCCAAUUCCAACUCCAGUUCGAAUUCAAACGCAAAUAUAAAUCGGAAUUUGCAUCAGCACACCAACUCAAACUCAAAUUCCAAUUCGUAUUUCAAUCGAUUCGACAAUCGCAUAGCUGCCAACUUGGCGGCCGUUUUAACCGGCGCAGGAGCCCGCUUUCGAUCCUCAUCCUGCAGCAAUCGCCAGCCAGCUGGAGUGGCUAAUGCGGCCAUGUUGAGAUCACCAUUGGCCACCAUUAGCCGCAGGACCAGUCUGGCCACGCCCCCUUCGCCAGCGAGUCUAGGACGACGCCGCCCACUGCAACUCUUCACGCACGCGAAUCUCAAUUGCAAUGACAACGAGAAGGUGGCCCAAACACCGAGCUCUGAUGAGGACAACUCGCCCACCGAACUAAACAGCUGCAAGCGACUGGCAGACAAGCCUCCUUUGGUCAAGCGCUUGACAAUGGGCUUGCUGCGCCAGAACGAGGAGUCACGCCCACUGGUGGGCGACAUGACCCCCUUGAGUGCGCCUCUGGACAUCCAGCCGGUGUACUCGAAUGGCUACAUCAACGAGGACUCCUACAUCGACAGCAAGUUCGGUGACUCGUGCCGCCAAUCCUUGACAGCCAUUCCGAUGCUGGACAACGUCAACCUGAACGACAACAACGAGUUUAACUUAAAGAAGCGAUAUCUGCGGGAAACGAGCAGCGCAAAUUCCAGUCCGAAAAUCUUCGCCAAUCGCCUGCGGAUGAACCAGGGUGCCAGUAACCAGCGGUGCAGCAGUUUGGCCAACGCCUUCGGCAAUGUGGGAUGCGAGGAGGAGGAUCUGGAGCUGAAAGAUGCCUGCUGGUACCAGGCGGGCAUUUCCAGGGACAUUGCCGUCGAGGUCCUGCAAAGCAAGAGCCCAGGUGCGUUUCUCGUGCGGAAGAGCAGCUCCAAGCCAGGAUGCUAUGCACUCACACUUCGCGUACCCUCGCCACCUGGGCCGAAAAUCGCCAACUACAUUAUCCUAAGAUCCCCAAGGGGCUACAAAAUCAAGGGCUUUCGCAAGGAGUUCUCCAGCCUGAAAGCACUGAUCACCCAUCACUCGGUGAUGCCCGAACUGCUGCCCGUCCCACUGGCCAUGCCCCGUCCCACCAAUAUGUCAUCCUCGCGGCGGAAUCUCGACGACUUUGAUACCUAUGACUCGCUGCAGAUGCUGCUGAAGUAUCUGCGUGCCAAGAACAUGGAGACGGAGCAGCAGCAGUAGCUAAUGGAGGAAAUCGAUCAACUGGUUGCGCAAAAUUACAUUUAAGUUAUGGUGCGUGCAAAAUAGUUUUGCUUGAAUCGAACCGAUACCGAGAAAAUGUGAUACUCUAUGAAAAAGAAAAACACAGACACUGCAAAUGAAACGCCUAGCUGAUAAAUGGUGAAAGUAUCUCUAGUUUAGUUUAGUUCGGGUUUUGGUUGUUCCCGCUUUUUUGGUUAAGUGUAUCCCAAAAAAAAGGCAUAGAAAAGUGCGUAAAGUAUUCAAUGGUUAUUCAAACAUUUAAGUGGAAAUUAUAAAUUGUCAUUUUCGAAUUUGAAUAAUUGUUAUAAAUAAAAAUUAACUUAUUCAAUUGGUCAGUCAGUCAGAAUGUUUACUUUUCAAUUUCCUUUGAGCACUUUCAACUGCAAGCCUAUAAAAAUAUUUAAAAAAAAAUUAUAUAAUAUUCCAAGUACGGAAAAGCUCUAUGUUAAAUGUUGUUGCUGCUUCCCACUGUUAAGCAUAAAUAAAUAUAUACCAAAUUGAAAUGCAUAUUUAAAUGUAAGCAAAACAGACACGAACCAAAAAUGUAAAUAAUUCACUACCGUAACACAAUUGAGUAAAUAAAGUUGUUUAAUUUAUAAUAAAAAAAAACAAAAAAAAAAAGUAAGCGAGAAACAAUAAAAAGGAAAACACAGAACACGAGUAAUAACAAUCAA